CAGGAACGCAGGUGCGGGGGCCUUUUUCCCGAACGGUCGAGCUCCCGGUCGACCGAGCCGGACGCAUCCGGUCCAUGUUCCGCUGAGCGGCGAAGACAGCGCUUCGGACGCGCGACGACCUCGUCGUCUGGUCGCGAAUGGUGGGACCACUGAGGCGGCAGGCCGGUCCGGACCAGCUGCUCACCAAUCGCACGCUCGUGGAGGCGUUUGGGGGCACCACGGGCCCUUCAGGUGCUGGCGGCUCUCGCGUCGGCACCUUCGAUGAGGCGGCUGACGAGGCGGAGGAAAUCCCCCGCGUCUUCUCCCUCAAGGGUGCCGGCUCCUCUUUUGGCGCAGGUGCUAACCACACUUCGUUGCCCAGCAGCCAGGCCUUUGGGGCAUGGCCUGGGGCUUCUAGUUGGGGCAACCACCUCCUGCUGCACCCGACGCCAAGCCAGGAGGCUGGUCUUCCGGCCUUUGGCUCGGGGCUGGGCAACGCGCCGAUGGCCAGUGGCAGUGCCUCGUGGGUCACAGUUUUUGGCUUCCCAGGCCGUGCCGCCUCUGGAGUUCGGCAGCAACUGGAGGCAGUCUGCGGCCCGAUCGUCGAGGUGUGCUACGGUGAGGGGAACUUCAUGCACGUGUGCUUCGGCAGCCCACAGGCUGCGAGCGCGUGCCUGGCUUUGAAUGGACAGCUCUUGCUGGGAAAGAUCAUGGUGGGUUGUAUUCCAUGCACCCAUGCUGCGCUUCUGGCCGGCGAGAGCGAGCAACCGGAGCCUUGCGUCGACCUACCAGAGCAAGCUGUGGCUCCGCUGGCUCCGCGUUAGGAGCGGCUGCGAGCCUCGACGGCCUCUGUAGGCCUUAGACUAGGACCUGGAAGCCCGGAGGUGCGCCGCCAUGGGCUCCUGUGGCGCUUGUUGGACCAGCUCUUCGACCUGUGAACUGACCGUGAAACCGGUGGGGACGUCUUUGGAGCACGGGACGUCCUUGCACCGAAACCGAGAG